UCACGUGUGGACGGAAAAACUUUUGCUCAUCGCUUUUCGCCUCGCACUGGCAAGUCGCGUAAAAUUCUCGUGGAAAUAAAGGAAAGGAAAAACCUCAGAAUUUCUUACCCCUUCCCCCAGGGGAAAACCUCAAAUUCCUUGGACUAUCCGUAUCAAUCAUCGACUAAAGGCUUAGUCCUGUCUGUGAGUGUGUGCUUUUUGUGUGUUUGCCGUGUUUAGUUGUGCCGGCAUUAAUUAGCAGCUCUUCCUCUUUCAACCGCUGCUCUUGCGUGCGUUAGAUUAAUGAGGCAAAAGUGUUUUAUCGUGUCGUGCGUUAAAUAUUUAAUACAAUAUCAAAUAAAUGUUGCAUAAGCCGCCUGUCAUUUAGCAUCUUGUGCCAAAAAAGAAGAGAAGUGUGUGCUUUUACCACAAGUAAUUCGAACAGACACAAGCGGAUUCUGUUUCUACGAUUCGCAAACAAACAGAUCAAUUACCCAAACAUAAAAAAGAUAUGAGGUCGAAUCAAAACAGCUUAACAAACUGCUAAAAUCAAGAGCCACACGAACUUCACUACCGCCCACUUGUUGUUUACCGUUCGGAAAAUCACGUUGGCAUUUUGUAGUAGAGACACGUCCCACGGUCCACAACAAAAAUCAACAAGAGAAAGCACAAAAAUAACUGCGCUUCCCUACGAAAAAUCUAAUAAAAUUCGAUUAGACGCUAAAUUAGGCCCCAGGCUUAAAAAUACUUUACAAAUGUAAAAUCACAAAUAAUAACAUAAAGAUUGAUACAUUUACGUGAUAUAAACAAAGAAAAACUUAAAUACCUAAGAACAUAAAUAUCUUAAAAAAUUUAAUAAAAAUAACAACAAAUGUCUGCGUCGGCAGUUGAAGUCAAUGGAAAUGUUCCGCCAGUGGAGUUUCAUAUGAGAGAGCACAUGGUGCAGGCGGGCGUGGCGCCUUUUCCGGGCGCUCCGGCCGGCUAUGCCGCCGCACCGGGUACUGCAGCAGCAGCGGCUGUUGCAGCUGCCGCCGCCGCCCAACAGCAACAGCAGCAGGCGCAGCAACAACAGCAGCAGCAGCAGGCGGCCCAACAGCAACAGCAGCAACAACAACAGGUGACCGGCGGACCGCCCACAGCUGCCGACAGUUUGUCAAUGGCGGUUGCAGCGGCAGCGGCCAAACAACAAGCUGUCGAUCCAGUGGCACAAAUAAAAUCGAUCGGCGGCGUUGAGGCCGCAGGAUCUGCCAACAACAGCAGCAGCAGCAGCAACAACAACAACAACAGCAGCAGCAACACAGGUGGGGCGGCAGGAACGCCAGGAUCCGCCGGUGGAAUGACCGCAGAAUAUUCAACUGGCUGUGGGGGCGGUGGUGCAUCAUCGGCCAAUUCGGUGGUGGUGGCCACCAGUGUUUCCGACGUUGUCAAUGCCUCGCUGUACAUGCAACAGAAGACAAAUCUGUCAACACAAACACAGACACAGUACGAGUACGAGUACGAGUACAAUGGAGGAAGCAGCCUCGCAGAACCAAGAGUCCCAGGUCCCAUUCCGCAUCCACUGACAAAUGGACAUGCCAUGGACCAAGUGCAGCAGCCAACAGAACACCAGCAGCAUCUGCAAUCAUCGCUGCCCCCACAAAAUGUGCUCAGCAUAUCCACAGUAUUGAUCGCCAAUGAGGCAGCAGACACACAACAGAGCACCGCCAUGCCCAAUUCUGGGGGCGUAAAUACCGGCGGCGGUGGCGGUGGAGGCGGUGGCACGCCCAGUUCACCGCUCAGCAGCUCCCCGUCCAGCGCAACAGCCUCGCAGGCCGGCGGAUGCGGACUGACCCUCAACGGCAGCGCCACCGAAGGCACAAUGUCCGGGGAUACAUCGCCGGUGGCCAGCGGCGAACCGCUCCUGCAGACGCCGCCCACCACCCACCAGCAGCAGCAGCAGCAACAGCAACAACAGCAGCAACAGCAGCAGCAGCAACAACCACUUCUGUGCAGCAGUCCCACAUCGAUGCAAUCGGCGGGAACUUCAGUGACGGGCAGUUCGAUAGCAUCCGGCACAUUGGCGUCGACCAGCAGCAGUGGCGUUGGACUUCUGCCCACCACCGGAUUGGAUAGCAUUGCCAAUGGCGGAGCGGCCGGUUGUGCCUCUGUACCGGCCAGCACAUCGCAGGUGAUCGCCCACCUGAACGCAGCCGCCGCGGCGGCCAGCGGCAUCAUGUCGCCCACCGCGAACGUGGCCACUAGUCUCAGCAGCGCUCUAGUCCCAGCCCAGGCGGUACCGUCGGUGGCCGCCGCCGUUGCCGCCGCCGCCUCCCUCGAUGCCAAGAGCCAGCCGAAGCGGCUGCACGUCUCCAACAUACCGUUCCGCUUCCGGGAUCCCGAUCUGAGGGCCAUGUUCGGGCAAUUUGGCACCAUUCUUGAUGUGGAAAUCAUCUUCAACGAGCGCGGCAGCAAGGGAUUCGGUUUUGUAACAUUCGCUAACAGCAACGAUGCAGAACGAGCACGCGAACGUCUACACGGCACCGUGGUUGAGGGACGCAAAAUCGAGGUGAAUAACGCCACUGCACGUGUACAAACCAAAAAAGUGACAACAGUACCCAACGUUGUACUGACCAAAGAUGGUGCCAUACCGGCCCCAGCUCUAGUCUGCGUACAGUGGCCAGAAGCCGCCGUUGCCGCCGCAAUGCGUGGAGUGGCCAUCCAGCGCGGACACGUGGGCGUGGUCGGCGCCGCCCCCUACCAUCAUCCCCAUCAUCCGCAUCACCAUCCGGCGCUGCUGGCGGCCUCCGCCGCCGCCGCCCAACAGCAGCAGCAACGCCAGCUGGCCGCCGCCGCCGUGGCAACCGCAGCAGCCGCCCAACAGCAGCAGCAGCAACAGGCCGUUGUCGCCCAGCAGCAGCAGCAGCAGGUUGCUGUCGUCGCCCAGCAGCAGCAUCACCAGCAACAGCAGCAGCAGCAACAGCAGGCGGUGCAGCAGCAACAACAGCAGCAGCAGCAACACCAACAGCAACAGCAGCAGCAACAACAGCAACAUGCCGCCGUAGCCGCCGCCGCAGCUGCCGCUUCGCAUCCGCACAUGCAUGCCGCUCAUGCCCACGCCCUUGGUCCGCAGUUGGCGCAACUCCAGGCGGUCGCCGUGCCCACAGCAGCCAGCAAUGCUGCCGCGUUGCAACAAUCGUUGGCUGCCGCAGCUGCGGCCGCGGCUGCUGCCCAAAAUCCGAGCGGUAAUCCGAACGCUGCUGCCGCCGCCGCCGCCUAUGCCGCCCGUCUAUCGGCGGCCUCCGGUGCCACACAAUCAUCGCAAACGGCCGCUGCUGCUGCGGCUGCUGCUUCCAUGGCUGCGUCGGCCAAUGCGGCCAACAACGCGGCCGCUUUGCAUGGAUUCGCGCCUGUAUACUAUGAUCCCUUCUUAGCAGCCGCUGCUUCCGCUGAUCCAAAUCUACGCUUCCAGGCAGCCAAACCGGUCACUGAAGUUCCAGCCGCUCAGCCAGCCGCCAUAUUAAAUCGCCGCACUGUGACUACGCUAAACAGUAACCCACAUACGAUCAACCGCAUUCCGGUUCCACAGAAUGUUUUGGCCACUGCUCCGCUGUUAAAGACACCGCUGUCUCAGGCCCAGCAGCAGGCGUACGCCACGGCGGCCACCACCUACACGGCGGUAGCCGCUCGGGCCGCCUAUGGUGCCGCCGCCGCUGCGGCUGCCCAGCCGGCACUCGCCGGCUACGCCACCGUAGCUGGAUAUGCGCGCGAAUAUGCAGAUCCUUAUCUAGGACAUGGCAUUGGACCAGUUCCUGGAUACGGGGCAACCAUGUAUCGCGGUGGCUUCAAUCGUUUCACGCCAUAUUAAGAACAAUCUACGCCAGUCAGCCAAAUAAUGCACUUGAACUACUCUCGAUGAAAAUGCUCAAUAUAUGAACAAAGCAAAGCAAAUAAGUAACUAGACUUAAUACUCCUCCCUAUGUGCAGUAAGUAGAAGUUACAACCAAACCGAUAGAUGCAGGAUACUCAACACCCAACAGCAGCCAUGGCAACAAAAACAACAACAACAACAACAGACGCUCAAAGUCCUUGGAGAGUUGAAAAUCAAAGCUAAGCAACAAAGAAACAAAAAGAACAUAAACAAAUCAAUGUCGUCCAGUAAAAGCAAAAAGCUAAACCAAAAAGAAAAAUAUACGCCGCUAAACGCAGUUCUAUGGAGUUUAUAUAAGUAAACCACAGAAAACGUAAAAAAAAAAAUUAUUAACACAUAAAUUCGAAUUGCAAAAUUGUUUUGCAGAGGAUGAAAAGAAAAAUGUGCUUCAUGCGUAGAUUUUUACCAGAACAAAAGCUGAAACUUUGUGCGGCAGAUCAGAAUUUAUAUAUAUAUAUAUUACCAACAUGAUAUAUAGUUAUUAUAUAUAGACAUUGUAUUUGUAUAUCAAAGCAAACCAGGAAAAGAGCAAUGUUUUUAGGUACUUCUCAUGCUGAAACAUCAAAAAAAAAAAAAAAAAAAAAAACAAAUGUAAACCCUCGGUUGUUGAUUUUCAUAACUUCGUUGAACUAAGUUAGUCCUUAUAAUUUACAAAUUAUUCUAAAAUAUUAGCAUUGUAGGAUGUAGUAAGGAAAAGUAACAAUGCAGCCACACAUUAACAAAUGAAAUUGUACAUUAUUUGCGAUCUGCUAAAGCACAAAAAUAUAUAUUUAUACUUUAGAUUGAUAUCUCUAAUUCGAUUACCCAAAGAAUACUCAUUUCUGUAUUGUACUGUAUUGUCAACGAAUUUAAUUUUAAUGCAUUGCUUGGUUGUUCCUAAUAAUUUUAUAUUUUGGCAGCUAAAUCCACUCACACUCAGCUCACGACUCAAUUCGAAUUGCUCAAAAAAAUUGUAGCGCAUAGGUAAUGCAAAAGAUCAACACGUAGACAUAUCCUUGGAAUAUACAAUAAUAUUUACUUUAAAUGCCGCCAUAGCAGCAAAGCGAGAAAAAGAGAAGAAAAUGAACAAAAAAAUAUAUUAGUUUUUAAAGGUCAAGCUUCCAGUGACAAAAAGCCAUUGAUGAAUGAUGUGGAAAUCGAAUAAUAAGCAUUAAAAAUUACAAUUUUUAGCUCUUACUCCGUAGCACUUUUCUUGUGUGUUGUGUAAAAAAAAACAAAACCAAAAGUGAAAAUGCAAAAAAGAAACGUCGUUUCGAUGUUGUUCAUUUUCGGUCUAGACCGAAGCGAAACUUCCCUAAGCAAACUAAGAAUUUAUUUUAUACACACUCGAAUCUAAAUGCACACACAAAACGAAAAUGAAACCAAGAAACUUUUAACGUUGUGUAUUUUUCAAAUGUUAACGAUUAAAUGCUCAAUGGAAAACAACCAAAAACAAAAAGGACGUCGUUCUCUAUUUUGAUUCUUAGGCAGCUACUGUCGUCAAAUUUAUACUAGUUGUUUAUCAACCAAACUAUGCUAAAAAACAAAACCAAGCUACUAUUUAUUGUGUGUGUGUAAUCGUGCAAUUCUUUAGGUGUUCUUCGAAUUUCCUUGAAAUCCUAAUACCAAUUACUUGUAAAGAGGGAAGAAGAGAGGAAUGAAAACUUCAUCAACUCCAAAGAGCUUCAACUUUGAUGUUUUUUUUUUAUCUAAUCACUUAGCAACUGUCUCAGAUUGUACAUAUUUACGAUGACAUAUGGUAUUUUACCUUAUUCCUCUCAACGCACACACAAACAACACACGCACAGGCUAUUGACCUGAGAAAUCGAAGCAAUUUACGGCAUACUCAUAUUUGUACACUCAUUAGGGUGUAUCUACCUUUUGUUUGAUCCUCUCUCAUGAUCACGCAUCGAUAUAUUAUUUUUACGUUGACAUUUUUAAAGCCAAAGUUUAUAUUUUAAAUGAUUUUUAGUUAGGUAUUUAGUUUAUAUGCUGACGACAGACACAAAUGGAUAAGUAAACGAUUACGAACUAAAGGGAAAACAAUAAAGGAAAACAAAUCGAACCCAACAAUUGCCAAAUUAAACGUAGCUUUCAAGUGAAUUAUAAAAUAAAGACGUAAUUAAAUUUAAUGAAUUUUUCAAAUAGCGCAAAAAUAGUUUGCCAGAAAGCCUAGUAUACUUUUUGGCCCACCCCAAUCACACACCAGUAAAGAACACACUGAUUUUUGGGUUUGAUGAUGAGCAAAAAAGGAAGAGAUAAACCAUCUAGUUAUAAAGCAAACUUAAAUAUAAUACGGUACGGUAUAUACAUUUAAAUUAUGAACUCAACUUCCACCGCAAACUUUUAAAACAAACAAAAACAAAACUAAGGAAAACACAAUUUUUGUCUUAAGCAAUGCGUUGAGGAAAGUCAACCUACAAGUAAAUUAUAAAGCAAACGCAACUCAAUCAAACACUGCAGCUAUAUGAUAACAUACGAUAUAUGAUGUAUAUGAUAAAGUCUUCAUUUAACCCGAUCCAUUUUGUGACCCCCAACAAAAACCUGUAAUCUGUGUAGUCUAACCAUAAGCCAGCGCCAGCUUUUGUUUACUUUCACAUAGAUCAGAUGCCUAGGCGUCAUAUAAAGUAUAAAUAUAAAGUAUAUAAAUAUAUAUAUUAUAUGGAAACUCUAAUCUUUAAUGAUGUGCCAAAUUGUAAGUUGUACCAUUUGUUUUUAUGAGCAAAUGCAAAACACAAAUUGAAAUAAAAAUAUGAAUUAAAACAUAAAACAUUGAAAAUAGCAUUACAGUUUUCCUCCUCCCGGAAAUAUGCAAACAAAGCCUAUUUUGAUUUUUAAACAUUUAGAUGGUAAUGAUAAAAUAUUUUUUAACUUUAGCAUUGUGUAUAGGAACGGGCAAGGCUGCAAGAAAAAAUGGCCAAGCCGAGCGUUCUCAAGCGCUACCUUACAAAACAAAAUUGAUAAUAGAUCCGCAGAGACGAUAAACAAGUAUUAUAUUAGCAACAAUCGCAAAACAAAGCCCAACCAACAGCAAACACCAAACAAACUAAAGGUAAAUCCAGCUCAAAUUUAAUUUACUUCACAUACAUACCGAAUGGUAUUGAAUGCGAAAUUUCAAUAACAAACAUACACAAAUUCCGAAACGUAUUGGUUUAUAUCAAUUUUCAAUUUGUAAGGUUGUGACAAAUUGUAAACAAACAUAGAAAACUAAAAAGAAAGAAACGUGAAACAAAUCCAUGGAAAAUUGUAAUAUUGUUUGUGAAUGGCAAAUAAAAUAGCAAGCAAGUGGAAAACCUUUGAGAUUCAUACAAAAUACAUUUGAGAAGAACGCCAGAGGAAAAGAGCGAGAAAUGCAAUAAAAAUAACUUUAAAAAAUGCAAAACAA